CCCCUCCCUCACACACACUCGCCCACAUCCCUCCUCUCUGACGCACGCUCGCCCGCAUCGCCGGCGCCGCCUCUCCCCGAGCUUCUCCCUCGCCCUCUCUCGCCCGCGCUGCCUCUCCCCGAGCUUCUCCCUCGCGUGCGUCGUCAGCGCCCUCUCCCUCGCGCGCAUCGCCGGCGCUCUACAGCAACUCCAUCGUUAAAAAUGCGAUUUUCCCCCCUCCGGCUCUCUGACCUGCAGUGGCGGUGCUCGAUCUGCGGCGUGGACUAUCAAGACGGCGCGACGGAGCUGCUUCUGCUGGUUGCCGGCCCGGAGCUGCUGCUGCCGGUCGUCCGCCCGGAUCUGCUGCUUCAGGCGAUGCCCACAUCGCCGUUACCCUCCCGCUCCUCUUCCUCCUCAGCAUCAACGGCGGGGGUGCUGGGAGGGGGAGGGGCGGAUGGGCCCUUCUUCGAGCCGUACAACCAUCGCAGAGCAGAGCAGGAAGCUCGUCUCCGAGGUUCUUCGUUGCCUUCUUCAGGUGGAGUGAAAUUGAGAUCUGGGACUAUCAUGCUUGAAAUUGGGCCAACGAGCUGCUGCUGUUGAUGUUGAGGAUCUGCUUCUUCCUUGUUGUUGAAGAUCUGCUGAUGUUGUUGGUGAGGAGCUGGACCAUCAAAGGUGCUGGACGAGGAGCUGGGCCGGCUUUUGGCGAGAAGCCAACAAGGAUCGCCGAUCCUGGAGGUUGUGGAAUACGCAGAUCCUGGGCAAGGAGCAGCGAGGUGUUGGGCGAGGAGUUAUGCCGGCUUCCGAGCUCAACUUCUCCUGGCCUUCUCCCCUGGCUCCACUGGCUCAAGGCUAGCUGCACCUUGCCGACGACGCGGGGAAGAAGGGAGGCAGUGCUGGCGAGGUGCGCUGGGGCUGGUGGCCGGCGGCCGGCGAGGUGUGGUCCUGGGGCCGGCGGUGACCAGGAAUCUGGGCGGCGAUGAGGACGAGAUCCUGGGCGGCGAUGAGCGGGAGAUCCUGGGCGGAGAAGUUGGGUGCCAGGUGAGCAGCGAAGAGAUCUUGGGCGCGAGGUGGGCAGCGACGCGCUGGACGAGGAGAAGCCGGGUGCGAGGUGGGCGACGACGCACUGGGCGAGGAGAAGCCGGGCGCGAGGUGGGCGACGAUGCGCUGGGCGAGGCGAUUCCGAUAUUUUUUGAAUUUCAAUUGAUCGAUUGGAAGGGGUAUUGUUGUCCAUUACCCUUUUUUUGGGGCUGUCGGAAAUUUUCUUCCGCGCCUUACAAAAGUGAACGGAGGGAGUAUUAAAAUAUGCAUACUAGUUUUUAUCAA